GUGAUAUCUGGGUGCUGACAACUGAGAAACUACUGCAGACCUGGAGCUAUGGGGAGCUCCUCUCCACAGACACUGGGGAGACACAAAAGACUUUCAUCGCAUUCAAGAAUUGAGGAGGAAGAGGAGCUCCAACAGUGGCGAGAGAUACUGAUGAUAAACUCAAUGACAGCAGUGAACCCUCUGUUGACAACUCCAGGACAACCAAAGAUCCCACAGCUCCACUCACCAUUUGAACCUCCGGUUGUGGACAGAGAUGUAUUACCUUCUAUGGCAGCUCCACCUGACCCAAGACAGUUUUGCAUUUCUUCCCAGUUUGGAUCCUGUCUUCUACCAAAUGCUAUCAUGCCGAACACACUGCCCAGUCCUACUUUCCCAGGUUGGGGCAUUUUACCGCCAAAAUCCAUGAAAGCAAUGGCGGCCAGGAGGGAUGAAAUGCUUCAAAGGCAUCAGCAUUCUGCCAGGAUGGAAAUGGAAGCGCAUGCCAUUUACCAGCAAAGGAGAAUAGAAAAAGUGAAUGCCAAUAGACUAACAGGCCUAGGGAUACCGUUUCUCUAUGGCUCCAGUAUCCCAGCUGGCUCUGCCACCUACCAAGGCAGGAGCAUGCUCUCUGCCAGUGACCUGCAUUUUCACAGCAACCCCCUGAGAAACUUCCAGGGAAAUCCCAUGCUAGUGGCAUCUAGCCCACAUUUUCUAGAGAGCUGGAGGCAGAAAUGCCGUCGUCUCAGGAGAUGCACCAACAAUCAGAAAGCUCUGGACAGUGAUACUGAGAGUUCUAAGAGCCACACAGAAGCAAAAAUCUUAGUCCAGACUCAUGUAUGUCCUUACGAAGAGGUUGUAUAUAGAAAAGACCCAGAAGCUGAAACUCUCAACAACCAGAGUGAAAAGCCAAGUGAAAGCAAUGAACAGCCUGCUAUAGCUCAGGCCAACUCCAGUGGAGAGUUUGAGUCCAUGCACAGGAAGCUUUGGGGAGUGGCCGGUGCUCUCCUAGAAGCCAGGGCUUGGGAUAGUGGGAAAAAAAAGACUUCAGAGCUAGUUUUUGCAGCCAGCGGGGAGAAGAAUGGGGUUCAUCUCCCAGUUCUUCCAUCUCUGCCAGGACCACAUGCACUGGCUGCUGGUGAGGGAAACCCAUCUUUGGGUGAAGAUAUUCAGAAGUGGACGGUGACUGAUGUGCACAAUUUCAUCAGCAGCCUUCCUGGUUGUUCUGAGUAUGCUCAGGUGUUUAAAGACCACCGGAUAGACGGAGAAACACUACCGCUGCUGACGGAAGAGCACCUGCGGAGCACCUUGGGGCUAAAGCUGGGGCCGGCGCUGAAGAUCCAGUCCCAGGUGUCCCAGCAUGUGGAGAGCAUGUGUUGCAAGCAGAGCCUGCCGCCAGCUCAUGCACAGCCCGCAGGGGUCCCCCCCACAGCCCUGUGCCGGCACCCAGGUUUCAGCUCCUGGGGCGUUAGCCAGGAUGCACCUGCCACCCAGGAUGUGACGAUUCCCACAGGAACUGAGGCAGACCACCAGAGAAAUUAGCUGGCAGCUGAGAGAGGAAGAGCCAGGUCUCAGCACUACAUGGCAGGGAACACAUUCCUGGGAGAAAGGCUGAAUGAAGGUGAGGAUGUUCACACACCAAAAGCACUAUGGCUGGGACCAGAGGGGUAGCUCACCAGGUAAGGCCUGGGCCUUGUCACAUACACAGCUUAGACUUGAGCCCUGGCAUCACAUGGGACUAUCAUAGCAUUAGGGGAAGCACUGUGGUGUCUUUUGAAAGAGAGAAAAGAAAGAGAGAGGAGAGGAGAGGAGAGGAGGGGGGAGGGGAGGGGAGAGGAGAGGAGAGGGGAUGAGAUGAGACAUGCCAGGUGGUAGCACACUUGGUUGAGCUCACACAUUAUGGUGUGCAAGGACCUGGGUUCAAACCCCCAGUCCCCAUCAGUAGGAGGAAGCUUUACAAGUGGAAAAACAGCAGCAGAUGCCCCCCUCCCCUCUCCCUCUUCCCCUUGCCUCUCAAUUGUCUGUCUCUGAAAGAGAAGAAGGAAGGAAGGAAGGAAGGAAGGAAGGAAGGAAGGAAGGAAGGAAGGAAAGAUGGAAAGAAGGAAAGAAGGAAGGAAACCAGCUAACUGUUAGGAGCAGUGGUUUCAUUGUGCAGGUACUAAACUGCAGAAAUAACCUUGGUGGCAGAGAGAGAGAGAGGAAGAGAGAGAAAAAGGUCAUGUUAAGUGAGAUAAGCCAAAAAGAGGAUAAAUGUAAGCUCUCACUUAGAGGUGGAACUUAAGAAAGAAGGGAAGAAAAGGAAAACAUAAUGUGAAGCUUGGACUGGGGAUGGUGUAUUGCACCAAAGCAAAGGACUCUGGGAAAGGAGAGAAGGGAAGGGACUGGGGGAAGGGGGGCAGGGUGGCCUCUAGGGCCAUGGUACAUGAUGGUGGAAAAGGAUCUAAUCUGGGGGUGACUGUUUUUGCAGACACCUGUCACAGGGAGGUAAGAAGCUGUAUCCAUGUGCCAAUAACUGACUGUAAACCAUUAACCUUCCCCCCAUAAAGUAAUAAGAGGAGAGAGAGAGAGAGAGAGAGAGAGAGAGAGAGAGAGGACUACAACUGAGCUUGUCCUUGAAGAUAUCUUUGAAAAAACCGAAAGAGCCAAUACUGGAGAGAAAAAACAUUCCUUCUCUUCAUUCAUUUCCCACUCCCUUCCCCUUCCGCCAAAUGGGAAAGAGACAGGAAUGAGAAGGAAGGAGACAGAGUGAGGAGAUAGACAAUGGAGACAAAGAAGUACUGACUAGCAGGCUUCUGUUUUCUCCAUAGCAGGCUUCCUGAUAGAGGAGGCCCAGGGAGGGAGAAAUAGGAGUUAGUGCAACAAAAUGAAGGACUCUGGGGAAGCAGGGCAGGGAGGGAGCAGGGGUGCUUCUGUGGUCCCAGUGCAUUUUGGUAGAAAAGCACCUAUAUUGGGUGGAUAUUUAUCACGGGAUGAUGAGAAAUUAUAUCCAUGUGUCCACAACUGUACUGUAAACCAUUAACCCACCGGUAAAAUAAUAAAUAAGGAAGAAACUGGAGCUUAAGUUUUAGACUGUGGCGUCUAGCUCAGACUCAGCACUUGAUCUCUGCCAUGAACCUGUGUUGUGACUCCAAGUAACUGAAGGAUACUAGAUUUGAGAAGUUGGGCUGCCCGCCUCAGAUGUCCUCCCACAGGGAGGAGAAGCGCUAUCUCCACACACCACGUGUGAGCAGGACAUUGAGGGAGAGGUUAAAGUGGCUGGUAGCUUGCUCCCUGUGGGGUCCUGCUCUUCCCACUUCUCAAGCUUGAGCAAAGGUGCCAGGAGAUGAUAGGAGUCUGCUCGAGGAGCCUACACAGUUCCCAGAGACUCAAUAUGUUUCACAAGAGAAUGUACUUUCCAUCUUAAAAAUGUAUGCUGGGGCCAGGAGGUAUCUCACCCAGGGUGAGCGUGUGGGCCUCACCAAGCACAAAGCCCUGAGUUCAAACCCUGGUCCUAUGUGCCAGCACCAAGGGAAACUCCAUAGAUGGUAGAGUAGUGCUAUUGUGUCUCUCCCUCUUUCUGUCUCUCUUUCCCUGUCUAUCUCUGUAUAUACAUUUAUAUUAUUAUAUAGGGCCAGAGAGAUAGUUAAGUGGGUAGGGUUGGUUGUGCCUUGUACUAACAACCCAAGUUUGAGUCCCAACACCACAUAGGAGAUAUUAUGGCACUGGAGGAAGUUCCA